GUCUUGAUCCAGACUAGAAUGAGUCGUUGUUUAAUGUCAAAUUUUUAUAGCUUGAAAAAACAACAUUAUAAACGGAUAGAGUCGCCUAUGAAAAAUCAAGAAACAUCUAACCAAAUACAAAUUUAAAGACUAAUUGCGAACGAUGGCACCUUCCACCGCGACGACGUGCCGGGCGAGAGCUGACGGUCGUCGCUCGCAUCUGCUGCUGUCGGUUCGGACUUUGGUCGUGGUUACGGUCGCGGUCGCCAUAUUCGCGCUGCCGGUUCAUUGUCAAUCCGAAAAACGGCUAUCGUCCAUCCAACAGCAACAGCAACAACACCAGUACUACGAUUCGGAGGAGCUAACCGGUGGCGCCGAGGUAAUCAAGAGCAAAAUUCGACCGGACACGUAUUCCCAAGACCCAUCACCGUCGCAACAGUACGAAAAACACUUGAAACACGGAAAGCAAUCGGACACGGUUGGCUUAGCUUCUACCGUGUACGGCGAACAGUAUGGCGACGGAGGAGCUCUGUUGCAGCAGGAUCAGCCCCUGUUAGACGAGGAGGCCCAGGAGUCGAUCAGUUCUGGUUCGAUAAACAAUCACAGGAUACCACAGUAUACGCGUGCCGGGUCUCCCGUACCUGGCGAUGUGAUCGAGGGCAAGAAUGUGGGCAACCGGGCUGUCGGAAACAACUACCAUCACCCUGGUAGCCCAUCACCAGCUUCCGGUGGUUAUGCCGUCGACUCUGCGUAUGGCCCGCACUACAGUUCCCAGGACCUGGUCCAGGAUCAAAACUAUCAGCUCGAAUUUAAGUAUCAUGACUACGACAAGAUGACCAAGUUCCUGAGGACCACAUCAUCUCGAUUCCCCAACCUCACAGCUCUCUAUUCUAUCGGAAAAUCCGUCCAAGGUCGUGACUUGUGGGUCAUGGUGGUGUCUUCCAGUCCGUACGAACACAUGAUUGGCAAGCCAGACGUCAAAUACGUAGCUAAUAUGCACGGAAACGAAGCGGUUGGCAGGGAGCUCAUGUUGCAUCUUAUUCAGUAUUUGGUGAACAGUUACUCGGUGGACCCGUACAUCAGAUGGCUUUUGGAUAACACGCGAAUCCACGUAUUGCCGUCAAUGAACCCGGACGGUUUUGAGGUGGCCCGCGAAGGUCAGUGCGACGGCGGCCAAGGCCGGUACAACGCACGCGGUUUUGAUUUGAACCGCAACUUCCCAGAUUAUUUCAAGCAAAACAACAAGAGAGGACAACCGGAAACUGAUGCCGUCAAGGAAUGGACGUCCAAGAUACAGUUUGUUCUGUCUGGUGGACUUCACGGGGGUGCCUUAGUGGCAAGCUAUCCGUUUGAUAACACUCCCAACUCAAGAUUCUGUAUUUCAUCACCACUGUGUUCUGUGUUCCAGAGCUACACCUCUACGCCGUCGCUGACGCCCGACGACGACGUGUUUAAACAUUUGGCUCUGACCUACUCCAGAAACCACCCGACGAUGAACCAAGGAGUGGCAUGCAAAGCAGGAACGCCGACGUUCAAUAACGGCAUCACCAACGGAGCCGCGUGGUAUCCGCUCACAGGAGGUAUGCAAGAUUUUAAUUACGUUUGGUACGGUUGCAUGGAAGUGACAUUGGAAUUAUCUUGUUGUAAAUAUCCGCCUACUUCCGAGCUGCCCAAACUCUGGGAAGAAAACCGAUUGUCACUCGUCAAAUUUUUAGCCGAAGCUCACCGGGGUGUCCACGGUUUCGUAAUGGACGAACACGGUAACCCGAUCGAAAAAGCGUCUCUUAAGAUCAAAGGUCGUGACGUAGGAUUCCAAACGACCAAGUACGGUGAAUUCUGGAGGAUAUUAUUACCCGGUGUUUACAAGCUUGAGAUAUACGGGGACGGGUACAUACCCAAGGAAAUGGACUUCAUGGUCGUGGAACAACACCCCACGCUGCUGAACGUAACACUGCACACGUCCAAGAGACAGGAUAACACACCUUACAGACAGCCAGUUCCUCAUUUCUAUCAUCAUCAUCAUCCACAAGGUAUAGCAUUGGCACCUAAACAACCGACUCAAGACCCUGGGAUAUUAUCAAGUAUUACAUCUGGUUUCAAUAACUUUGUCAGCAAUAUGUUUGGAUAACCUAUUCCUAUCCAAGAACCCCUGAUUCCCAAAUAAUAUAUAAUGAAUUAUUAUAGCCAAUAUACGAUCUCUAAGCUAUAAGACACUCAGCGUUUAAGUUAAGUUUUUCCCUUCAACAAUUAAAUACUUAAAUAAACCAUUGUAACAAUUUUAAUAUUUUACCUCCUACUUAAUAAUACUUAUUUAUUGAAAUUAUUAUAAAUUAUUACGUUAAAUACUAUAUAUUAUACUAUUUUUAUUAUAUAUAAAUAUAUAUACAUAAAUUUACAAAUUAAAGUAUAGUUAUAUAAUUCAGUAAUUUUUGUAUGGAAAUUAU